AUGGCAGAAGCUGCGUGUUCAGAAAUUAAAAGAUCCCGAUUAAGUUUGUCACUCAGUAAAAAUAAGAAAAAAAAAGGAACAGCAAAAAAAGUGGAAGGUAAAGGAACACCAUCUAUACCUUCAGCAGCAUCCUCUAUUAUUUCCUUUUUUAACAAUGUUCCCCCUGCUGAAAUUACCUGUCCCAUGUGUGGGCAAAUGGUGCCAAGACACAGAAUAAAUGAGCACAUGGAUGAAACAUGUCAGAGAAACCAUGGUGAGAUUGGUGUCAUUGAUUCGACACUCAGCUCUUUUAGGAAUGAGAGUCCACCAGCUGCAAAUGUGAACAAUAAUUCCAGCUCACGUUUUUCAAAAAACCUCUUAAAUCUGGAAACAAGUCCUUCCAAAAGCAGUUUAUUGAAAACAGAAGGGAGUGUGGCACAACAGAUUAGUCCUUAUUUCAGCAGUAGGUCAGUCUGUAGUGUUAGCAAUGAACCACAGGCUCAAACAGUUAAAAUAGUCUCUCUGGGAAGCUUGUCAUCUAAACUGUCCAGAAGACGACGUAUCCAGGGAGGAAAACAGAUCAUGCAUAAAGAGAUCGACUCUUCACCUCCAGCUGUUCACAAUAUGUGCAAAAGUGCUGCAGGACAGGAUGAUGAUGAGAUUUAUGCAGGGCAUAGUUCUCAGAAAGAAAAUCAGCUUACUGAGAGAAAGUACCAGAAACAAAAUUUUUCAGAGAAGGAACCUGAAUUUCAAGAAGAAAUAAACAAAUGUACUGGAGAAGACCUUGUGGAUAGAUUCCAGGUAUCGUUACCAGCUGAUAACAUUAGUGGCAAAAGGUUACCAAUUGGUACAAGGAGCACCAAAACAGAAAGUAGGUCUGAAGGUGUGAUACUUAGUCCUGAUCAAUUUGAAACACAUCUAGCCAUUUAUACUUCAGCAGAGCUGACCAAUAGUUUGGAAGUCAAUAUGCAGCCUCACACUCAGGUUAUUCCUUCUUCUAAGACGGAAUUGAACUGUGGGACGCAAAAUUGCUUUAGCAAGGGUGAUGUACAGGUACUUCCUGUGGAAGUUCAUGAAGACUUUAAGGAUGAGAUUAAUCAUACUUUGUCAGAAACUGUGGAAAAGGUAGAGUUUAAAAAUUCUGUUGGGAGCAUUUUAGACAAAAUAAAUGAGCUUCAUUCUGUGCCCGGCUCUCCUGGUUACCCAUAUUACCUCCAGAAUUUUUUAGUGGUGCUGCGAGCAGUCCUGGAGAAUGAAGAUGAUGUCAGACUCUUUGAUGAGCAAGAUAGGAACAUUAUAACCAAGUUCUGCAAAUUAUCAG